AUGGAUUCAAUCGCUUCGAAUGAUUCCUCCAGCGGAACCCCGGGACGAUCUGGGGGUCAGGUGUCAUCUGCGAAUAUACAGGCACAGAAGAGGGCGUAUAGACAGAGGAGAAAAGACCCGAGCUGCGAUGCCUGUAGGGAACGGAAAGUCAAAUGCGAUGCGACGGAGACUACCAGCUGUUCCGAAUGCUCCAGCCGGAAUGUCAAGUGCCAAUUCACCAAGGAGACGAAUCGACGGAUGUCCUCCAUCAAGCAGGUGCAAGAUCUGGAGAAGCAGAUUGCACAGGUCAAGCGGGAGAACGUGCAGCUGCGAUCUAUGUUGCAGCUGAGGGAUGGACAGAUGGAUCUCGAUAGCGAAAGACCUCAACAAACACCUCUACAACUCCCGGAGAUCGGGUCGAGCCCAAUGCGCCGAGAGCGAGCCCCGCCACCCCCUCAAGAAUUGUCGAGAGUAAGAUCGAACAUUCAGAAUUAUGGCCGCGGAAUCUUCAAAAUUCCUGCACCUUACCGUCACCUUGGAUCACAGAGCCAAUUCCACCCGGCACGGCCAGAGUUGCCCCCGAAGCCUAUGGCCGACCAUUUGCUCAGCUCUUAUUAUGCAUCCAUGCACAGUCUCAUGCCGGUGCUUCAUUGGCCUACUUUCGAGCAAGAGUAUAAUGCGGUGUACAAGGCAGGGUCCUUGCACGGUGUGCCACCUGUCUGGACCUCCCUCCUCUUUGCCGUUCUAGCAGUCGGCGUGCUCUUCAGCACCGAGCCGAACAUACAACGCCCAGUCCGAGGCAAAGAGCUCAUUGAGAUCUCACGAAGCCUCAUAGACCUCUGGAACGAUGACUUUGUUAUCGACCACGCUCGAACGGCCUUAUUGACGAGCAUCUUCCUCAACGAGGUGAACUUGAAGUCCGCAUCAUGGACGUGGCUCGCAACUGCGGUACACAUAUCGCAGGACGUUGGCUUACAUUGUGAAACGGGACAUUGGCCAGUGGUCGAGGGCGAGAUGAGACGUCGAGUGUGGUGGGGCAUUUACAUCUGGGAUAGACACUUGUCACUGGAGCUUGGAAGACCCCUCGUCAUCGAAGACGCAGACUGCGAAGUCGGGCUCCCCGCUGCAGUAGAUGAUCACUACAUUCACGACGCGGGCAUUAUCGUUCCCAAUGGAGUCUCUCCUGUGACCAACUUCAUGCUACCCAUUAUUCAUGUUGUUCGUUCCAUCUCACAACUGGUGAAGACGCUCAAGUCGCCGACCAUCUCCCCUUCAACCUUGGCAGGCUUUGAUACCCACUUUGCCUCGUGUAUGGCAGCCUUCCCACCAAGUUGCCAGCCCACCGCUCAAGAGCCCCUCGAUCCACGUAUGCUAGCUCCAGUGUGCUAUCUUCUGAGCGCACGCCUAAUCCUGCACCGCCGUAACCUCGCCACCUCCUGUCCCCCUGAAGCGCGAAGCAAUGCCAUCGAGCAAUGCAUCCGCGCCGCUCUCGAUUCGACAAAGCUAAUCGCAAGAGCGAUGGCCUCGUCCACCCCGUCCAAGCCAUCCGUCCCUCCUUUUGCCCCUACUGCUAACGCAAUGACCUGCACGCAUAUCUGGCGGUGCACGCUCUUCCUCCUCUUCGGCGGCCAAUUCGACGCCGCACUCACCUGCAUCCGGGCCGCGGCUAGCAUCGCCACGCUCCGAGACGUCAACGUUGCCUGCGGCCGCAACAUCGCCUUCUUUCUCGGGGUCCUGAUCGAGAAGCGUCGGGCGGGCGGCCUAGCUGGCAGUCCAGGCUACCGGGGCGAAUGCGAGCUGGACGAGGAGGUAAUGGCAUACGUAUCUGGGGAUAUGCAGGGCAGUGCGGAAACGACCUGGAUCUGGAGCGAUGGCGAGGUCGAUAUGAAUAUCGGUGGUAGUGGCAGUAGAGCGGUUCCUAGUCAGUCGAGUGAAGGCCGUGAGGAGGGCUCGAAUGUGUUGACGGAUGCCGAAGCCAGGGACUGGGGCGGGUGGGAAAGAGUCGAGUAUCUUGUUGGAGUGCUAGCUCGGGAGCAGGGUGCAUACACACAGCCUCUGCCAUCACGAUACGGGUCGAGUCCCAGCGGCGGGGGCGGCGGGCGAGGCCCCGAUCGAAGCAAGGGUAAUGAGAGGAUGAGCAUCACGAACAUCAUCUGA